CUGGGAGCCGCCGUUCUUGACGCGUGGGACCGAGUAACGGCGACGGAGGAGGCGGCAGCGGGAGCUGGGGAGGGACACGUUAUACAAUGGAUGCAGCAGAUAAAGGUGGUGCCCUGAAUGGGGAAGAAACGCUCUCAACCCCCUCAGAGUCUAGGCCUCGGCCUGAACCUGAACGUGGGCCUUGUCCUGGCGAGGAGAUUUGGGAUCGUACUCGAUAUGGACGCUCGUCCAAGAAGCGAGAGGAAACAUCACCAUCAACUGCUGAAAAGUUGGAUCCUAUCUCACCAACAAAGAAACGGGACCAAAUGUCACCCAAGAGGCGGGAGCAGGUAGAAAAAUCACCGCGGAAAAGUAAGACCCAUCGAAAGGGUGGACACAGACACGCACACUUCCUCCAUGGCCCGUCUCCUGAUACACACUUUGGACCUAAAGCCUCUAUUCUGCAGAACUCCACCAGCAUUAUGCAUAUUCAGGAUCCAACUAGUCAAAGGCUGACUUGGGACAAGCCACCGACAAAUGUACUGGUCAUCAAAAAAGUCAAGGAUGAAGCACUUUUGGAGCCAUUCAAAGAAUUAUGUACCUUCCUCAUUGAGGAGAAGCACUUGGUAGUGUUUGUUGAGAAGAAGGUGGUAGAUGACGCAGCACUCGCUAAAGAUACAAACUUUGAACCCAUCAGGCAGCAGCUCAGCCCUUUUCGAGAAGGUUACGACGAGUUGUCUGGCUGCAUAGACCUAAUCAUUUGUCUGGGUGGUGACGGCACACUGCUAUAUGCCUCCUCGCUCUUCCAGACCAGCGUCCCUCCUGUCAUGGCAUUUCACCUUGGCUCACUUGGAUUUCUCACACCUUUCAAAUUUGAGUCUUACAGAACAGAAGUGACUAAUGUGAUUGAAGGAGAUGCCAGGAUAAUUCUGAGGAGUCGCCUGAAGGUGAAGGUGGUUAAGGAAUUAAAAACAGCAGAAGUGGAGAGGCAGUACCAGAUGCAGGAUAACGGACUGGUCCCACAGAGUCAUAUUGACAACGAGGCAGGAAAAGUCUUCAUGCAAGUACUACAUGUGCUGAAUGAGGUGGUGGUGGAUCGAGGCCCCUCCUCAUAUCUCUCGAAUGUGGACUUGUACCUGGAUGGGAGACUCAUUACGUCUGUGCAGGGAGAUGGUGUCAUUGUGUCCACUCCGACUGGUAGUACAGCGUACGCUGCAGCAGCAGGAGCUUCUAUGAUGCACCCAAAUGUCCCAGCCAUCAUGAUCACGCCUAUCUGCCCUCAUUCGCUCUCAUUCCGGCCUAUUGUAGUUCCGGCAGGAAUGGAACUAAAGAUAAUGUUGUCACCUGAUACCAGGAAUGCAGCAUGGGUCUCGUUUGAUGGCAGGAGGAGACAGGAAAUUCAACAUACUGACAGCAUAACAGUAACAACGUCAUGCUACCCGGUGCCAUCUAUCUGCUGCUAUGACCUUGUGUAUGAUUGGUUUGAGAGCCUGGCCGAGUGCCUGCACUGGAAUGUGCGCAAAAAGCAGUCGCGCUUUGAAGAAAUCACGGAUUCUUCAGACACUGAGUGUUAGUCCACAAUGGGUGCAUACCUUUCCCAAACUCCCACUCCUCACGUAGCAAAACAUAACACUUUGUUCUAAGCUUAUUGGAUCCUUAUCCAUCCUGUUUGUAUUGUUAAAUGAAAGACAGUAUCCUGUACCUGAUUGUAGAGUAUAUUAACAUUCCAUCGGGUAUGACCUUUCUGCCUCCCUCUGCCCCACCCAUACCUCAAUUGUCCUGGAGUAUUCAUUGGGCUUGGAGUCAAAGUUGGGGAAGAGUAACGAAGAUGCACCAACUCGCUUCAGAAUGGGCUUGAAUUCAUGUUGCUAUUUUUAUUCUUUUAGGGUGCGUUUAUUGGUAACUAUCAGUUAUCAAGUUUGUACAGUGAAAUGUGUCCUUACAGCAAUUAAUUAAUUUACUUGCUGCAGAUGUGCUGUUAAAAAAAAAAUGGCUCACAAGGUGUCUUUGCCUUAAUGCCCGGGGUGUCCCUGUUGUGCACCCUGCUGAUUGAGCUCAGCAUUUGGGAAGCUCAUUAAUAUUGACCUUGCUGAGAGAGAAGCAGAAUAUGCCCCACUUUGCCUUUGUUCACUGGUGCUCAUGGGAAGCUCAGGCUUUGAUGAAGAUGGAAAAAGUUGAGAUGACAAAUGUGAAAAUGGGUCAUUUUUAAGAAAAGCACCUUUCCAAGAUGGUCAAUUUUAGUUGCUGCCUUAAGUUAAUGUUAUAUUGAUAACUUACUACAAAGAUAACUGUGUCCAGAUGCCCUGCUGAAAAUAGAAAAUACUUGAAUUUUAUAUUGUACAUUAUCACAUUACCAUGAAAGUAACUCAUCAUUUAGAGUAGCAUUUGCAGCAUUUUGCUCUUAUCAUUGUCAGAGUAAAUAUUGUACAAAAAUUUAGUGAAAAUACACCAGCCUUUUAGUUCCGAAUUUAUAGUAUUUUUUUGCCUAGCCAUGUUGCAUGUAAAGGAGCUGAUUGGUACAAUAUAGUAACUUGAGUGUCUUUUUAAAAAAAAUCAACACUUGGGUGAAUUUACAACGAACGUUUUGCAUUUGAACCACGGUGAGCUCAGCAGUUGUCUGAUUCACAGCUGUUUUAUUCAGGCUGGUUUGAUUACUCAAAGUGCUGUUGGAAUGGAAUGACACUGGGCUGCAAUAUUUUGUUCCUUUUGGUUGUGUAGUGGAUCAGCACACAAGAAUUAUUCACUGGCAUCCAAACUGAAUUCCAGCCCAAACUGCUGAGGUACAGGUAUCUUCACUGUGACCUGAGAGGGUUACAUCUGAACUGAGUUUGGGUUAGUUCUGUUUGUCCACAACUUAAAACAAGACAAAUUAUCAGUGUCUGGUGUAGCUCUGCUAAGGCCAAAUUAGUGCAGGAAGUAGUGGUGUUCAGAGAAUGUAGAUGAGGCUGGAGGCAGACCCCUAUAUUGUAACUGUCAUGUUUGUGUUUUACCCUGAAUCUGACAAAAGCUGUACCUGAACCUGAUUACUGAUACUGAUAGUAAGUGAUGGAAGUUCAUUAUUUGCAUUCAAAACAACACUGCCCCAUGAAAUUGAGGGAUAAUUAAAGUGAUGUCCAGAUGGAAUUAGUUUUAUUGUUUUGUUUGUUUGAUUAAAUUUAAAUACUAUUUCCAUGUUAGCGUGAUUAAAUUUAAAUAUUUCCAUGUUAGAGUAUCAAACAAUAUAAAUACUUUAUAUUUUCGUAGUGGAUAAAGGGACAUUACAGUGGGGAAGAUUUUGAACUUAUUGCAGACAUACUUGUGACAGAGCCACAGAACAGGUAACAUUUUCAGUUAAAGUAUACAAACUUACCUAAACCAUUUUCAAUAAAGCAUUUUAAAUAAAUCUUUCUCUAUUUUCUUUGUCAGAUUGGGAAAAAAAGUAACUGGAGCUAACUUUAACAUAUGGGUUGGUAAUUGGUUGGGGACUAAAUAGUGGCAGAAGUAAAGGGUUUAUUCUGAGUAGUUGAAUGUGAAAAUGGCCCCAGGGGUCUAUACUGGGGCUUGGGUUUUUCAUUCUAUUAGACUUGAAUGAAGCAAUAGAAAGUUGUAUAUAGAGAUUUGCAGAUUACAUUGAGGCACAGUAAAGUUCCUUGAUUGAUCCUAUCUGGAAGACUGUUAAGUAUUUGGACAAUGAAACUCAAAGAAUAUACUGACCUUUGAAAGGGGUACAGUCUGGACUCAUGAAAGUACCAGGACUUAAAGCCAAGUUUAUGUCAUAUCUGUAUAAUUUAAUACUUUAUUAUUUUUGACAGGUGAUUUAACAAUGGUGUUUUAAGGGAUUCAAUUAGAUUUAUACAGAGAAACUACUUUCCCUGAUGCUGUAACCAAGGCUAAGGCUUCAGUCUUAAAAUAAAAGCUGUGUUAUGAG